AUGUCUCGACAGAGCAGUAGUGCUUUGCUCGUCCCAGGCGAUGAGGCGCUGCGUUCCGAGCAGGACAAUCUGUUGGCACAUUAUGGAAGGAGAUAUAAGAAGUAGUCAUUUAUUAUUAGAGUUCUUUCUUUCUUUUCCCUCCCUCUAGUACUCUGCGGAUCUGCUGACUCUUAUGGCCUUGUGUAAUGACUUAGGUGUUGUACAUGUAUCGUUUUCAAGCACUCAGAAGUUCUUCGCCUAAAAAGCUUAUCAAUACAGUUCAUGAAUCAUGGCAUUCUCAUGUUCAUCUCCUUCGUAACAGGAAUUUGAACCCUCAGGAUAUCCUUCUAACAACAGGACGCUGGCGGUGGAGGUUUCGGCGAGACGGAAAUAGCCCUAAUCGAAGAUCUGUGCACUUUGGAUGAUGAAUACACGGAGUGCAAGAAACAGAUGGAUGCAGAAAUCAAUGCAAUUUACGCAAGAUUCGAGGGAAAGAUGCAAAGGUAGAAAUAAUUCCUGGGUAUCAGGACUUCGACUUGGGUUAUGACUUGGGUAUCGUAAAUCGUAUGCUUUUACACGACAGUUCUAAGAAUCCUCACUCAACAGACAUGUGCUUUACUCUCCAAUCUACGACAGCAGGAUCCUCGAUACGCGACGGGAGAUGAUUACGCAAGUACCUGAAGAUGACCAAGACCGAGCAACUUCCCCAAGAUCAUCAAAGCUACUCAAAAAUAGCUUGAACGACCACGGAUCUCCUUCACUGUCUUCUACACCUAGCACUAGCGCAUCCCUUCUAUCCUGUUCGUCUAGCCGUAAAAAUGGCAAUACGAUGAAUCGAAGUGGCACUCCCCAACUACCAGGCUUUUGGCUCGGUGCAUUGCGUAACUCAGAACUCAGGAGUUUUAUCCUCCAGCAUGACUGCGAUGCUUUGAGUUACCUCACGGAUAUCAAAGCAUGGGAGGUGAGAAACUUCUUCACCAAACAGCAAGGACAAGAAGGGCCAGACCAACGUCGAAAAGGGACAGAUAACAAGGAUGGCGAAACCUCCUCAGCUACACCAUCAAAUUCAUCCGCUCUUUUCCUAGAGUUUUCUUUUCGAGAGAAUCCCUAUUUCACCAACACCUGCAUACGAAAGGCUGUGCUGGUGCAUGAACGGAGUCCCUAUAGACAAGAAGCAGAAGUCGUUUGUGUGGAGAGUUCCAAGAUCCACUGGAAACAUGGAAAGUCCUUGGUGAAGCCUGCUACUGCAGAAAUGUCUUCUCCUUCUACAGCAGUAGCCGCGGCAACAUCUGAAAGUCCAGCAAGCACUAGGUCUUCGAGAAGAAGUUCAAGAGCUAGCACGCCUUCUCCAUCUUCACGGCCGCGUGCUUUGGGUCGUGUUCCGCGCCCUCCACUAUUUCAGGGACAAGAAAAGGGUCCUCUUGCUGUUUCUCCGACGCGAAGUAACCAGACCAUCUUAGCAGGCACAACUAGAAAAAACCACUUCAACAACGAUGAGAGGACGCAGACGUCUUCAUCUACUUCAUCCCUCGCCCCCGUCCGUCGUGGUUUCUUCAGCCUCUUCUUUCGAACGCUGUGCCAACCAGAUCUAGAGGAGGAUGAGCUUGAAAAGUUCUGCCUUCUCAUAGAAAACCAGAGUCAGCAUGACCCUCUUGUGAAACUAAACAAUAAAAAAGAGCUACAAGAACAGGAAGGUCGUAGUGGAGGUAGAAGUGAUGCUACAAAUGGAAGAGCUGAAGGUGGUAGUACUACUAAAAAGAAAACGACCACCACGACCAGUCCUCACCAUCUCUACGCCCACGAAGUACAGCGUUGCCGAGAUGACGGUGAGGAGGAACGCGACUACGUUGUAGGCCUGCUGAACGAACACUACGAAGCCACUGUUGCUUUACAAAAGGGGAUUGUGCCUCAUGCGAUACGGUAUUAUCUGAAUGAAGUGGAUGGCGACGAUGAAGAUGAUGAUAGUGACGAGGAGGAUGUUGAGGAUGAUGAAGCUGACGAGGGCGAAGAUGAGUGAGGCCUUCAUCAUGAUGGGGAUGUUGGGCAACCUGGACUUUCUAGUCUUUCCAAGAAACUCAAACUCUGACAAUUUCUCGUCUAAAGUUACGUACAUGGAACUCUUCUAGUUUUAAGAACAAGACUACGAGAAGUACGACUACC